AUGGCUCACAUUCAUUGCUCCUCCCACACACACACUUCAAUUCAUAAUCACCCCACAAUCAUUCAACUUUCUUCCUCACCAAACCCAGAAGAAGAAUUGCUGUGCCGUGAAUGGAGAAGGAGUAGGAUCUGUGGAAGGAAGGAGGAAGGAGAAUGGAAUAAGAUCGAAUGA